AUGAGGAAGGGCUAUAGUCAAGAUCUCCCUCGCGAAGUAAUACCUGAUGGUAGCCUAGAAGAUGCCAUAUUAAACUUCGAGGAUAUCCAUGUAUUCACUGAUGUUUCUACGGUACACGCGGCUAGCACCGGAAACGAAGGGGAGAAGAAACGCCAAAGGAAGAGCCUACUGACUGGGAGAUCGAAGGACACAGAACAAGCUGAGAACGUAAGUCGCGUUUCGCGACAUUCUCCAGAGGGAACCGCAGGAACGGGUUUGAGGGAAAAAACGAGUGAGGAGGGCGGCGUAACGGACGGAUUCGAGGAUGUUGAAAGUGCCGCUGCUGACAGUGAGGGGGAAACCGGCAGUAUGACAGGUCCGGAAGAGAGGAGGGAUACCGGGAGCCCAACGGCCGCUGCGAGGAGCAUGGCAGAAGGGGAGGAAGAGAGGGAGAGGAGGAAGGAGAAGGAAAAGGCGAAGGAGAAGGAGCAGGAGAGAGAGAAGGAGGAGAAGAAAAAGGAGAAGGAAAAGGAGAAGGAGCAGGAGAAGGAGAAGGAGAGGGAGAAGGAGCAGGAGGAGAAGGAAAAGGAGAUCGAGAAGGAGCAGAAGGAGAAGGAAAAAGAGAAGGAGAUCGAGAAGGAGAGGGAGAGGAGGAAGGAGAAGGAGAGAGAGGAGGAGAAGAAAAAGGAGAAGGAAAAGGAGAAAGAGAUCGAGAAGGAGAAGGAGGAGAAGGAAGGAGAGAGGGAGAGGGAGAAGGAGCAGGAGAAGGAGAAGGAAAAGGAGAAGGAGAUCGAGAAGGAGCUGGAGAGGGAGAGGGAGAAGGAGAAGGAAAAGGAGAAGAAACAGGAGAGGGAUAAGGAGGAGGAGAAGGAGAAGGAGCAAGAGAAGGAAAAGGAGAAGGAGAAGGAAAAAGACAUUGACAUGAGGGUUCCUUACUUCUUUCCGCUCACUAAUGAAAUGGCACCAACCAACAGAAACGGGAGGGGAAAUGCCGAUGUAUCCAUCGUAAAGAGCGGAGACAAAUUCAGGGCUUUAUAUUUCACCACGCCAGAUAUGAAACAAUCACUUGCUGCGUGGUCUGAAAUUGUUGCGAUCGAUGGAACGUACUCCCUCCUUGACAGUGACUUGACUGUCAUGCUGAUGCUGGUUGAGGACUCAAACGGGGCCAGUGAGAUUGUGGCGGUAUGCUUAUUAGCAGCUGAAGAUGCUCCAACUGUCGAUUGGUUUUUGGAAACAUUUAAAAACAACAAUCCUGAAGCAUGCGCGAACAUCAAGUGUUUUAUGAGUGACAAAGAUCACGUUGGACGUCCAAGUUUGAAAAAAACUUUUUACAACCCAGAAACGCAGUAA